AUGAGCAAGGACAAGCAGAGCAAGCAGGUGCCUGAGCCCACCGAACCUCUUAGCCCAUCAAAAGGGCAGAAACCCCAAAGGAUGCCCAAGUGUUCCCGCUGCAGGAACCACGGUUUUGUGUCUCUUCUGAAAGGACACAAACGCUUCUGCAACUGGAGAGAUUGCCAGUGUCCAAAAUGUAAACUGAUAGCAGAGAGGCAGAGAGUCAUGGCGGCUCAGGUAACCACCGUUUUAUUGAUUCAAAUUAGCGCGUGACGUUAGCUAGGGCAAAGUAACGGUUCUUAAGUGUCAAGGCUCGUAGUAAAAAAAAACAUUGCGCCAGUAAAUACUACAUGUAAAUGCUUAAACACUAUGUGUAUAUUUUGUUAUACUUCUGAAACUAUAGGGACAACUUUUCUUUAGUUUUUGUUUUUUAAUUGCAACGACGUCGCCAAGGCAAUUUCGAUGUAAUUGUAGCUAACCUAGCUUGGAGCGUUAAAGGCAUAGUUGUCAUUUAUGACUAUGAUAUCUAUAGGUGCAGGAUUUGCUCACUGAACGUUAUGAUAUUGUAUUUUGAAUGUAUUGCUACACUUAUUGCUAACAGCAGAUAGUUUAUAAAUAGAGCUAAAUCAAAAGGUAUGCAAGAGUACCCCCCCCCCCCCCCAUAUUCAUUACUUUGUAACGUUGCCCUGUCGAUUUAAGGAUUUAAGAGCUUUUAACUACUUUCCCGCCCCAGAAUUAGUAAAUUAGAAAUUCAAAUAAAAUCAAAAAGAAUUUCUUUAGCACAUUUCAUGCUAUAACUGUGCUCUGCAUAAUUCACAGUUAUGUAUUUCGGUGUAGAAAUUGUUGGAAAAUACUAAUCAAAAGCAGAUAUUGAGUCUGAACCACAAAGUCAGUAGAAGAAAGAGAGAUAGAUUUUACUUCUGUUCCUUUAGGUUGCCCUGAGAAGGCAGCAAGCUCAGGAGGAGGAGCUUGGGAUUUGUAGUCCUAUGACUCUGUCUGGCCCUGAGGUGAUGGUGAAGAAUGAAGCAGGACCAGAUUGUCUGUUCUCUGUGGAGGGACGAUCCUCAACACCUAACGGUAUGUCUGUGUCAUUACUGACUGUCACAGGUUAAGUAUUGUCAACUGCAUCUUGCUCACUAUCCCAUACUUAAAUUAUGAAGAGGUAGAGUUGGCGCCGUCUGCAGCAGUUUAUAACCUUGUUUCCUGUGCCAGCUUUUUGCCUCGAUGCCCUCAUAGUAACAGAUAUACCUAAAUGAAAAGUAUCCAAGUAUGAUCCUUUGUAUGACAGGCUUUCGUGCUUACACUCAGAAAGUUUAGGAGAGAGUGAAAUGCAGCAAAGAGACACAGGUUGGAAUCAGACUUGGGUCGCCUACUUCAGGUACUAAAGCCUGUGUACUUCAGAUGCACGAUCCGAAUACUAGGACAAGCUGGCACCUUGGUGAAAAUCCCUCUAAUCUGAAGUAGUUAAGUAUUUUGUGAAAAAUGUAUUUUUUUAAUCUAUAAAACGGUCUACUUAUUCAUCUUUAAAGUUGACAAGCGCAUCUUGAUUUUGAUCCUUCAAACAAAUUAAAAGGGAAAUCUUGAGUAAACCCACUGAAAUCACCAAAGAAAGUAGGGAUGAGCCAGUUAAAUAAACAUACAUGGAUGAACAGAGUAAAAAUCUUGCACUCUAGUUGAACCAUUCUUCAACACACUCCCAUGUGCUUCUUCAACCUAUCUAAUGCUCAUUAGAGGGAGCAUCAGGUUGUGAGACUCUGUCAUCAAACGAGACAUUUUUCUGGGAAAUUAGUGAAAAUGAAAACUGAUGCGGUUGCACCAGCAUAAAUAGGCAGGGUGAAGAAUUAAACAAAGACAUCAUGUUCUUUGCCGGCCUGAUAACGCAUAUGAAGAGUUGACUGUGGUCAAGGCUGCCCAUGUCUUCUGCAUUGUGCUCUUGUGAGAACGAACUUUGGUCCCCUGGCUUGGCAACAGAGAGGAAAGACCGAGGAGGAACAAGGAGUCAAGCACUCUGUGACUCACUGAUGACAAGAAUUAGAACAGGGACAACAAAUGUCAUUAUCUUUGGCUUCACUAGUGAACAUUGUCUUCACUGUGAAAGACCAAAAGAUCACAGUCUGCCUGAGAGGAAUGUGGCCUUGUCGAUAAGGAAAGAACAGCUGAUAAUGAGCAUGAUUUGAUGGACAUUUUCAUCCUUCAUUACUUACGUACUGUGACUUUAUGUUGCAUUGGUCUGCUCAACUGACAUGAAAAAUACUUGUCACCUGCAGAUGGUGCUGUUGAUAGCAGUUUGAGCUUGCUGUGAAAGGCCUACUAUUGAAAAAUCUUGUGAAGAUCAAGUGUUGUCUUCUCUUUUCCAGAUCUACUGCAAGUUUUGAUCAGUGUAGACAAUGUAUAUAUCAAUGUUUCUGUUGAUUCUUUUUUUUGCUCUGCAUCAGCAAACCUUACACUUCAACAUAUGUCUCUUUGAGCUUUGAUAUUUGGUGCAAUGUUCAUCAAAAUGUGGUUAGAUGGUAAGUAUUUGCAGGGUGAUUAAUAAAGAGCAGCAGGAAGGAGAGGAGAAAUCCUUAUACUUAUCCUUGGUUCCCAUAAGUUUCUUGGCCUCACAGUUUAAUCUGAUGAUGACCCCCGGGUCUAAAUUUUGCAGCUAGUCAACAUUUAAAUGUAAUAAUGAAUAUAUAAUUGGACUCCUUUUGGAUUGAUAUGUUAAAUUGAAAAAUGAUCUUUAUAUACUAAAAUGUAGUCAAAAAAAUUUCCGCAUUUUGUCUUACAAGACGAGUAAUAUUGUGCAGACCUUUUACUCAUGAGUGUAGAUACUCAGGUAUUAUUUCUUAUCUUUCAUCUGUAUGUUUAUUUUCUUCGUCAGGGGGUCGCUCAGCUUCGUCCCCCAACCUGUCAGCUGGUUCCCGUUCUCAUACUGAGGGAUCAUCAGACCUACUGCUGGAAACCCCUUAUUACAACUUAUACCAGCCAUCACGCUACCAGCCCUACUAUAGCAACCUCUACAACUACCAACAAUACCAGGUGACCAACAAUAUUCACUCACCUUUAAUUUAGUGGCAUUCAUGCUGUUAUUUUACUAACUUUUACUAGCUCCCUAGUACACAUGCCAGUAGCAGAUUAUUUGUCCCUGUUAGGGAAUUCAAGUUUUUGAUGCUGAUUUUUGGUCUUUUUCAAAGGAGGAAAUGUGUUUGUUGGAGUCACAUAGAAAGUGAUUGAUUUGGGUCAGUUCUUAAAAUGAGCACAUAAUUUUUCUCAUAAUACAAGGUAUACAUUUGAAUAAAUUUGCAGGAAAAUUGGCAAAACAUGUGAGAGCUUGUAUUGGGCAUUUUCCACAUAACAUUUCAAGGGAACUGUUCUACUACUGUAAUUAACACAAAAUGCACAAUAUCUUUGAGUGUCUCUGUCUGGGUGUAUACAUGUGUGGGUUAGAGGAGUAACUUCCCAUAUGAGCCGCUUCAUGCACACCGAAACAUGAGAUAAGCCUCCCAGCUACAAAUCAACUCAGCAUGAACAAGGCUUACUUUCUGUGAACUCAUAGCUGUCACAGUUAUAUAAAAGCUGAAUACUCCAGGCCAGCAGACUCAGCCAUGUGAAGACAAAUUGAUAUAUGAAACGUUUAUGUUGUCUGUCUGUGAGAUAUUUUGUCCCUCUUAAUGACAUUUAGAUGCAAAAUACAAUUUUGCAAUUUUUUAUGUCUGAUGCAUCAGAGACAAAAGGGGUUGAAUCAUGAAAACUCCCACAUAUUGACAAACUCUGCGUUGAUGCUGAGAGAUUCAGUGCUGGAACUUAUUCAGGUGAGUUUAACCUCUAAAAAGUGCAAUAAUUUAUAUGAAGCUAUAAUAUAAUACAAUAUAUACUUCAAAGAAUAGAUGGUUUGUCCAAAUUGGCUUUUUAGUAUCUCUGUAAUGCUCAUUCCAGGUAUGAUUUCAGUUUAAUGGACAACUAAUUUUAAAGCUUUACAUGUCAGAGCAACUGAGUACGAUUACAAGUAAAUAAUUCUUUUGAACCUCUGUACAAACAAAACUUUUUAUUGGACUUGGUCAAGAGGGAGAGAACAGCAGCAACAUUAUUUCUUAACCCCUGUUUGUUUCUUGGAAUGAUUAAAUUCAGAACCUAAAUCAUCUUUUUAAGGGAGCUAUAGCUAUUUUUCUAAAAAUGGUAUCUAUCUGUGAAGGUCAUUUAAUUAUACUCACAGAAUGCAACUGUGCGAAAACAGAAAACUAUGUGGAAUAUUGAAGUUUAUUUCUUUGCCUCUAAUUUUUGUAAAAUGUAUUUUUACUUUCUUUACCAUAUAGAGUGAUUUUUUUUCUCCAAAUACCUACAUUUUUGCUACACCAUAAGAGACAAUAAUAAGACAGUACCAAUUAUCCCGUUCUCUCCGAACACACACACUCGCAGCCCUGCUUUCACUAAUCUUUAUACUCACACUGAUUUAUGUUUAAAUGUAUCUCUAUUGUGUCAAAUGAAAUGAGCUUGUGCGUGAAGCAAAUUAGAUCCAUAACUCUGCUGUGAUCUCAGAUGAGCUGGUUUGAUUUUUUUAUGAAGAGCAUUUGUUCAUCCUUUCUCUCCUCUCUUCACCACCCCCUUCAUCCUCCUCCUCCUCCUCCUCCUCCACGUUCCCCCAAUAGCAACAUCUAGUUUUGGGGUCACUGCCUCCGCUAACCUGCCAGCACACGGCAGAGCCUGAAUUGCAAAGGUUAAUGGUAUUGUCUGUCGGCAGAAGAACAAACCGCUAUGCCUCAGUGCUCGAAGGAGAAAGUGAGCACAUUAAUGCUAAUCAGUUAGCACUCUUUAGCAUAAUUUAGCCAUCCUCCUUAGUGAUUUAUGAUAUUUUCAGUGAAGGUGUCAGGUUGAGAGAGCUACGUGCUACGGUUAUUUAAAUUCAGAGACCACUUUUUUGUAUUUGCAUGAAGAGCUGGUUAUAAGGAGAUAAAUUCUAGUGCCACAACUAAAUUGUUGUACAUUUUUGACUCAAAAUGUAAGGUUAUAAUCACAAAAACUGAUUGAAUAUCUCCUGGGAAAUCAUAGCUAAAAUAGAGACAAAACAAGCAGCCAAUCUUUGUAUUUUUAACCAAAUUGGAACAACUGUCUCGACUACACUGACUUCUCUCUUGUGUCUCCUUUACCUGCCCUAAACCUUCACAGUUUGAUGGGCUACACUUUAAACUGAUGUGGCCAACCUUGAGUGACUCUAUUUGAUUUUGUCUCCAUAUUUGCUGUGGACACAGUUUUGGGCUGUAAUGUCUUCUCUCCAUCACUUUUACUGAGUGAGUUUCUCAGGGUGCUUCUCUUUUCUUCUUUCAAACAUCCCGCACAUGUCCUGUGUAUAGUUUAUUAUUUUAAACUGAUACUAUCUGAAUCAGUUUUGCGAUGUAAAUUGCAAUUAACACCCAUGAUGUGUCAGCAUACUUUGAAAGGCAGGGUCACUUAUGAGUUCAUUGUUUGUCCCAAACGGAGGAGGCCUUGUUGUACAAAUUUUUAAGAAAAUAUUACUCUCGUUUACUGAUGUAUUUCUUUCGAGACAACUACUGCAACCUUUAAAACUAAUACAAAGAAAAGAAAUGAAUAUGCAGUAACAGGCCAGUGCUCAAUCCCACUUCAGCAACAAACACUGCUAAUUUGCUGAUCAUUGCAACUGUGCAUGGUGUGUGACAUAACCGUAUGAGACCAUUUCAUGAUGUCUUUGUAACAUACCAGAACUGCUCUUCAUCUGCUGUAAAAAACAUCUGAAGGUUUGUAAUAGCAUCCCAGAAAUAAAACUUGAAACACUAGUUUUUCCUAUUAUCUAAAUACUCUAAAGGUUAUCUGUGACAGCCGUCCAUUAGCUGUCAAUCUCAGAACAUUUCCGGACUACAUGGAAAUGAUUUGCAGGAGUAUCAGUUUAAUGUUUUGCACUAAUUGCAGAGGAUUUCCAGAAGUGGUCAUUCUUUCUUAGUCAGCUUAAGUGCACUUGGACAAAACACAUCCACUCCGUUUUACCUGCAAAAAGUUCAGCAGUGUAAUGAUUCCUUAUAAUUCAUCAAACCAAUGUAACAUGUUGUCACAACAAAGGGAUCUUGAGCUUUUCCCACUUCUUAAUCAAAACCCACAAGUCAACACUGUGGUCUUUAUCAGCAUGAGGCCAUCUACCUCAUCCUCCGCUCUCCUGUGCACUCAGUGGUGCUUGGCAGUCAUGCAGGUGGAUGACGAUGAUAAUGUAAGGGUGGGGUAGAGCUUCCAGACAGGUGAUGGUGCCAGAUAAGAAGACGAGCCCUGUCAGGGAGGUAAAGAAGCCCCCCCAGGAGCUAGGACAAAUCAUCUCACCAAAGGUUUUCGUGCUUAAAACAUAUUAACUGUGUUACCAAGUUGUUGCCAAGAGUCUAAAAAUGUUUUUCUGUCCACAACCAAUAACUGGAACUACAAUCUUUCAUAUUUCAUGUACUGUAUAUAUUUCAUAUAACAUUUUACUGAGUAAAAGCCAGUGCAGGGAAAAUGUUUAGUUUUAAAAGAGCAGGUUGGGAAGAUAUGUUUAUAAAAGUUAUCAUUAGGUCAUCUUUACACUCUGCAGUGUUGUUGUGUAUUAACCCUCAUGUACCUUCAGUGUCAGACAAACUUUGCCACCCACUCUGUUAGUAAUAGGUGUGUUGCAGUUUAGAGGAUUUAUGGUUCAACUAGGUUGUAGGUCACCGCAGUAUGAUUUUGGUACAAACACAAGAUUGGAUUUCUUUCUCCUUCAUCUCAAAAAACACUUUACUGUAGCUCUGAGGCCAUUUAUGUUUGAGCAAUUUAACCAGUCAGUCAAACAAAUGGAGAUGUGAGACUCUGUGCUGGUGGGCCAACAUUAUUGCAGAGCGAAUCCCAGAGACUCCUGGCCUUUCACAGCACUGUAGCAUAUUUGAAGUGGUGUACACUCCCAAGGAACUGGUUAUCAGUUUGGCCUUUGUCGAAGAAGAGGAGAAGAGGAGGCAACCCACACUGAUUGAGACUACUUCUAGUAAAAAAAAAAAACUUUUUGAGUUCUUUUAACUCAUAAUUGUCUCAAGUUCAUGUUCAGUGUCUCUCAAAUCCACUGGGGAAAUAGGACCCUCUUUUUAAAAUCAGAGAGGGCCCUACAGCCUCUCGCAUGAUCCCAGCAGUUUAAAACCUUAUCACAAAGUAGCAGUUUUAAGGAUUUGAGGCAGCUAUUGAGAAAAGCAGCAGGGAUCACAUCGGCAUAGGCUUUGCCAAUGAGCUGAUAUCUGUCAACAAAGCCUAUAUUUGCCAGUAUGGAUAUUCAACCCAUACACUGGUGCAUCCUCACUUUGAAUGCCUAUUUACAUGUCAGGGAAAUCAGUGGCUUUUGAACAUCCUAAUGAGCAUACAUGCAAUUAGUCCUCAGACCUACUUAAGGCCUGUUGAACCAAGCUUGUACCUAUAAAUAUCUUCUGUCUACAAUAUGAGUCUUACUCAAAGCAACAAAAUAACGACCUAAAAAAAUUCCAUUUUUUUUUUUAAACAAUUUUUUUUACAUUUUAAUGCAAUGUUGUUUUUUAACAAUGUGUCAUAAAAAUAUGUGUGCUUACCUUUAUUCUAGUAAAAUUGCUCCUCAGCAGUAAUCACUUAAAAAGCUGUGUGACAAUCUUACUAGCAUGUGAACCUUUUUCUGUGAGCAAAGCCCAACUUCUAUUUUGUGGCCAACUCUCACAAAGACAGGUUUGUUUGGUGCUGCUGUUUGUGUCCUGCAAAGCGAAAGCUUUGUGCACUCUCAGUACCCCAGUCCAAUCUGGAUUGUAUUUUUCACAGUCUAAUACAGGAGCUGAGUGUAGCUUAAAUAACAGUUUAUAAAGCUGUCGGAGAAUUGAUGGUGUGGACAAUACGGGUGACAUAUUACAGGCUGACAGAAAUCAAAUUCCAUAAAAGUGAAAUUGAAAACCCUCCGUGAGGCAGCCGUGCUGCUGAGUAGACAGCUCGUUUUAAAGUUUUCAGAGGACUGGAGAAAACCAGCGUGGCAUGUUGCAGACCAUUUUUAGUGCAGACCACAGACCCGUGAAUUCAAAUACUUAUAAUUCUCUGUCAUGUAUUAUUUUAUCUCCCAUAUUUCCUACUUAGGUUUUUAGGUGCAGCCUAUAAACACUUGAAGCCUGAUUUUGAGGAUCGUACCGCCAAACAUUGAAAAAAGACGAAGACCAGCAGCAAUGUUUUUUAAUUUUUUUUAUUUUAAUUAACAAAUGUGUAGUGUAUACAAAUCUUAUAUAUCUCCUGGUGUUGCUGAAAAUAGUAUGCAUGAAUAAUCUGUAGCUAGAAGAUGUAACACGUAGCGAAUGCAGUCUUUCUAUUAGGGAUGCCAUCGGGUUAGAAAGAGGAUGACUUCUCAUAAUUGAAAAAAAUAAACAAGACAUGUUGGACGUUAACAAUAAACAUGGGCAGAAUUUUUCAUCUUAUUCACUGGGAAUAUUUUCUGCUCCUUUGCAAAAUUUGUGGGUCAGAUUUGUGGGCCAUAUUUUAUAAUUUGUCAUUUUAAAUAGAGCAGCAGUGGACUACCAUGAAAUAUGGUGUGACAAGACAUGAAACCCACAUGUGAUAAAUUGUCUUUUUUCUGUAUUUUCUUGUUUGAAGCAGAUGCCCCAUGGAGACAGUCCCCUGUCCGGCCACAAUGUGUCUACACAGUACCGCAUGCACUCCUACUACCCAGCAGCCCCCUACCUGACCCAGGGCCUGAGCUCCACCAUCUGUGUACCACCACUCUUCAGCGUGGAGGACAACAACAACAACAACAAUAACAACAACUGCUCUGAGACUAUGGCAGCCUGUGAGCGACACACACACACACACACACACACACACACACACACACACACACACACACACACACACACACACACACACACACUCACACUCUCUCUCUCUCUCUCUCUCUCUCUCUCUCUCUCUCUCUCUCACUCUCUCUCUCACACACACACACACACACACACACACACACACACACACACACACACACUUCUCAGGCCCCAUAAAGUUUUACCCAGAUUUUAUCAACAGUGUGGUUAAGUACAUCUAAGGGAGGAGUGCACCUAAGACAAGUGUGUCAUAAAAUUUAUAAGUUGAAAUAAGCACAGAGCAAAGCUUUUUUAUUCUAACUUUUACUCUUCUUACUUUUUUACUUUUACUCACUCUCUCUCAUACAGAACUGUUGCCAUAGGUGUAAAGCGCACAUUUUCUCAUGAGUCAGACACACACGUUCAGGUGUUAAUGUCUAACCCAUGUACUGACUAUUAGGGGUGGGAAUCACCAGUGGCCCCACGAUACGAUAUUUUCACGAUACUUGGGCCACGAUUCGAUAUUAUUGUGGUUUUAAACAUUUUGCGAUUAAUACACUUUUUUCAACUGCUUAGCUGAUAUAGCAUUUGUCUGUCCUUUAUGUUUGUCUUGUUUACACUGUAUUUUAUUUUCAUGUAGCACAUCUUAAAAACCUCAUGUGUCAGGUUCAUCUCAUUUGUGCCCUGCUUGCAAUCCUAAUGUCUUUUCCCAGGUGCUGCUGUAUUUGUUGCACUAACUUUCUCUUGCUCUAUGAUGUCACCUUUGCCAGCCUCACUGGACAAACACUUGAUUCUUCCAUUUCCAUAGAGUUGACUUCAUAUUGACAAUUAAUUUGAAAAAAAUGUAUACUUGGUAGAUGAGACGAUACGGUAUAUCACCAGACAAAAUAACGUGAUACUAUGCUGUAUCGAUUUUUUCUCCCAUCCCUAUCCCACUUGUUAUCCUUCUGUUAAAAGUAUGAUUAUAGGUUCAUUGAAGUCAUAUUCUUCUAUCUAGCUUUUAUCAUGUAAUUUAAACUUAAAUUAAAAACAGAAAUGAAUGCCCUUAAAACCUCAACAAAGCCCCAUGUUGAGUGUGUGUUUUCUGAUGGACUAAGUUCCAAUAUCACUGCAUCAUCAUCAUCAUCAUCAACAGUCCUCUCUUGGUGAAAUACAUGCCUGGCACCACCAGCAUCCAAACCCUAAAGAUCCCGCAUCCCACUCUCCUUGGACUUGCAUUUGUUUAUGACUUUCACCUGUCCGUUUCCUGUGAGGGUCCCACCUCAGCCCUCCUGCCGUGAAAAUGACACGCUCCAUUACAAGGGAACAAUAAUCUCAGCAGGUGGUCUCACAUUUGGUGUCAACUCAGACUCCCAACACAAGCAAAAAUAAAACCUCACUGAAUCUGAGAUUUUUUAAAAUUAAAAUAUUUUGCCUUGUGACCUCUUCAAACCAACCAGUCUUCACUUGCAACACUUGUUUUAGGUUUCUUUUUUUGAGGCAUUUAUCCCUCCCUUGUGUGUUUCUUUAAAAGUUUUUUUUUAUUGUAAAAUUCUCAGGGUGUGCGAGUUGCAUUAAAAUACUACAAAGUGGUGCAGUAAAACCUCACAGGGUAGGGUAAAAGCAGGAUAAAGCUAAUUACGAUAAGUGCUACAGCAUCUUUGCUGUAAAAAGUCUCUUAUUUCACCCGCACUCAAAUUUAAAGCUUUGAGCAUUUGUUCUUCUCUCUGUAAUGUGUCUCAGAAGAAAUUGAGCACUAUGAUGAAAAUAAUUAGCUCUCAGUAUCUGCUGUUCUACAGAGCUGCGAUUGAUGGUUUGUUAGAGGUUUGACUCAGCGUUGUGUUAUCUAAGACUCAGACUAAACUUCUGCUGCUCUCUCGAUACUCGUCACAGCCGAAUCCUGAGUGUGGGAGUGUGUCCUAUCUCCACGUGAGGCUGAAGAUGAGCCUUGUUACUGCAGAGGAGGCUCAUUGUUCGAGCCUCAGUGUCUAUGAAGCUGUGUGAAACAUUCAGAGGCUUGUCUGUUUCACUGUGUGUGCGUAAGACUUGGACUGUGUCCUUGACGUGGAUUCAAGGCUAAUCCACAUCUUAUCAGUCGAGUAUGAAUCAGUCUGCUGGGGUACAAGCGAGUUGUUCUUGUAACAAUCAAAUAGCAAACUUUUUAUCUGGAGUAAUGUGGCUGCACGAUUCCGAUUCCUUAACUUUUGUUCUUGUUUGGGUACGACUCAGCAGUCAUUGUCUAAUUAGUUGUAUUUCCCAUCACUUUGGGCGGCUGUUAUCCUGACUGACAAGAAGCUUUAUACAAGUCCAGGGGAGAUCUGUCAGGUCAUCUCCAUCUGUAAGUGCCAAAUACUCUUUAAAUCUACUACUAAAGCUACUACAAUUAGUACAAACCUGUUUCUACUCAGAUGUUUCGGUCUGCAUAUAAUGAUUGUAGGGAAAAAAUGACAAUAUGAUAAAAAUAUAUAUAUAUAAAAAAAAAAGUUCAUCGGAUUUUUCUAUUUACAGUCUAGCUCCCUGAAAACAUUUACAGACUAACAAAGCCAUAUGAAAAUAUCAUCAGUAGAGGAGUUACUCUUUUAUUUUUAUUGUUAAUGCCACAUAUUUGAACAGUGAUUAUGGGAUAAAUGUAAUUAGUUGUUUUAUUUCAUCCCCCUCAUAUACAUUUUGAACCCUUUGUUAGUGUAAAAUAAAUCUCUUCUCCUGACUUUGUAAAUGUAACGACCCGUAAGUCAACAAAAAGGAAAACUGUCAGCUUAAUUUAAAGGAUUCAUAGAAGUUCGCAGAGCAAUUUUCAGCAAUAUCCUUGUAACUCAAAAUAGGGAAGUAAAGAUACAAAAGUGUUUAUUUUCCUGGUUAGUUUUUCAAUUUAAGCUGCAAAUCUCUGAUUUGUGUCACUUUGAUGUUUGUGUAGCUCCGUAUCUUCUUGGAGGAGGAAAUAGCUGUGAGCUCUGAGCCUACCUGCCCUCCCUUCCUACCUGACUGCCAGCAGCGCUCCGUCAGAUUUAUCUCCCUCCCAGGAUAGGACUAAUCAGUUGGCCAAAUACAGAGAUCCAAAUAACCUUCAGGAGUGCCACGCUGUCCUUUCCCCCUCCUCUCCUCACCUCCUCUUCCUCUCUCACCCUCCCCUCUCUGCCCUCCCCCUCCGCAGGCCCCGCUGUCUCCGCAAAAUUGCCUUCUGGAGUUAGUGAGCGGGAACAGUUAAGAUUUACAAACAAUGAUGAAGCUUGUCAUGCGUCUUUCUCCAUCCGUCACGGCGGGCCGGGCGGAGCUGUGGGUAGAGCCGUCCUGGUGUUCUUCAUAAAAGCCAGCUCUCUGUGAAAUACGCCCCCGGCCGGCCUGUUUACUGCCCCGCGCUCGUCAGCAGCACCGCCGCCGUAAAUCGCAGAGCGGGAGGUGACAGCGCAGUCCAUCAAACUCCCACCCCACCUCUCUGCCCUCCCAACAUCUCACCUCACACUGCCAACCCCCCCCACCCCUCCUCCUUCGUAUAUACACACACACUCAUACUGUUUCUCCACUAAGAUCUACCCGAGAGGCUCAGAUGAGCUGCCCCAUGAGAGUUAUGGCUGUUUCAGUCUUACCGGAGACAGCUUCAAGCCGAGUCUGUCUGAGUUUAUGCUCUAUCUUCUCCCCCCUUUUUUUGUUUUUGUUUUGUCCUUGUCUAGACUACUCAAAAUUAAAAACUGCGCAAACUUUGCAAGACGAGCAACUUUUCCUAUCACGGUCUUACUUUUUUUUAAAACCGAAUUUAUACUAAGUGAGACCUCAAAAUCGAGCAGUGCCUUGCUGGCUAUACAUUUGUCUGUUUUGUUAUAUUGGUGUCAGCGCAGAGCGUACAGUAAUUUAAAUGCAAAUCAGAUUGUUGAGGUAUUGCAGAUGUUAAUCCUGCUAAUCGAUAGACCUGUGUGAGCCCAUUAAGUUAGAAAUCCAUUACUAUCUUUCUAGAUGAUAUUUUAUUGAUUUUUCUGGCUUCAAUCUAUACUGUACUGUACACCAAAGUGAGUUACUGCGUAUAAAGUCUGUCGUUUCAGGUCCUCCGCCUGCACUGAAAAAAGAACUUAAAAACGACAGAGAGAUUGCCUUCAGUAAGUUUCUUUGUUUCGUGUGCAAAAAGGGGCUUUACCUGCUUUCAGAACAGAUUACUCCAAACACCCACACACACUCUCUCACACACACACACAUACACACACAAACAAACAGAGGAGUUUGUUUCUUCAAACUACAUGUGCUGUACUCACACAAACAGUUGUGGCCACACUCAUUCUGUUGAAGUCAGCCAGGCCUGUCACUCUUUAGGAUUUAUUAAACCUGAAACAAAUCAGUACUUUCAACCUCAGAGGUGACCUUUGCAAAGGAAGUGCUGUUUCAUGUCAUGUAGCAGCAAGAGUUCAUUUCCUUGGUCACUGACACACCGGGAACAUCAGUCUAAGGAAAAGCAAAAACCAGGAGGAAGUUUGAAGGUGUUUCAGGUUUUAUUAUUUAGAGACACUAUGGCUGGUUGAGCAGCCUGGGUGUUUGUAUGUGGAGCUCCCACUUUACCUCUUGCUCUUCUGUAAUGUUGUAACACAGUGUGAAAUCAUACACUUGUGGUCAUUUGUCAAUGACAAUAUGUGUAAUGAUAUUACACUGUUGUGGGAUCAGUAUUAGAGUGUUUGCAGAGCUGUUUUACAGCACUCAUGUUGACUCACAGUAUAAAAGUCCUUUCUUGAUUAUUUUCCACUUUUCUGUCUCUCUUAAUAGGUAUUGGUCUAGAGAAUUAGUGUUUUGAGGGAUGUAUCUGGACAUCCAGUUAUUUCAUGCAGUAGGCUCGUAGGAUGUCCAGAUACAUCCUUGCAAAGAGAAAAGCCUGCAUGCUUCUUUUGCUCAGCUUCACCAUUUCUUAAAAAACAAACAAAAAGAAACACAUUUGAGUUCCUCUGGACCUUUUUUAAGUGUGCUCUAUAAAACAAAUAAGUCAGUUAAAGCUCAAAGUACUCCCUUAAAAUGUCUUUUUUUUCUCAACUUGAGAGUAUGAAGUUCACUUGUCAUUGGUACAUUGGCUGGAAAUGUAAAUAUUUUACAAUAUCUUAGCAGUAGGAUCCUAGAUUGAAAUACUCUAUUGCUAACCCCUCUGGUCAGUGAAGUGACGGUGGCCUUUGACGAGAAAAAAUUCCUGUGAUGUAUGAUUUGACAAAUCCAUCUUAGCUUAGCAACAUUUCUGUUUGUUUUUCCGCAGAUGCAUUUUUCACAGCUGUUCACUAAGUCAUUUUUCCAUUCAGUGCUACUGUGGAGACAUGAUGUUUGUUGAUGGCGUCCUCUGUGAAAUAGGACCAGCUCCGGUUUAUUUAUAAGAGGCUGAUUUGAAGUUCAUAAUAAACAAAAUUAUUAUUAUUUUUUAUUCAGGAGAUCAAAUGUUUAUUUUAAAUGUACUUGUGAAUAUUAUAUUCAAAACUGCACACUGUAUCUUUAAAGUGGGGUAAAAGGCAGGAAAUUUACAAACAUUUAAAGCUAUAAUGAGAAAAUGUAAAAAGAUUUAAAGGUCAUCAACAGCUAACAAAGUGAAAGGUCACAGCUCAGAGUCAGGAUUUAGUUGAGGACACAGUAAAAACACACAACAGCUUUGCAUGUUCUUUAACCCUAUCUGGCAAACCUUUAAUUUAUUGUCUUUUUAUCUUUUUUUUUCAUAACAAAAAUGUUCUGGCUCGGAGCUUACAAAGUGCAAUAGUUUUGUGAGUUUGUUCACUAAUGUUCACUUUUUAAUGGGGGGAUGAGUGGAGGCAGUGAUAGCCUGAUAGCAAUCGUUCCAGCAGAAGUUUUAGUGCUUUAUAUCAUCGUGUCUCGUAGUAAAACUUGUAAAUAUUUUAAUGUUUAGCAGGGAUGAUGCUGCCUCCAUGAAAGCCCUUGAAAAUCUCCACAUCCCCUCCCAGUCGCUCCGAAAAUAAAUGCAGCUCAGGUGGAUGUAAUGACUCAGUGAUUCAAUCUGUAAGUAAGGGCCAGCAGCAGGGAGGCGAAAGGAUCUUGCUGAGCGCUGUUAGACCCCCGAGGGCUCUGUUGUGUGUCUCUCUGCCUCUUGGUUACAGUUUAAAGGUCCUGUGUGGCCUGUCAGGUUGUCUGUCUCUCCCUGCUGUGCUGCUAAGUGCUCUGAUAACCCGGGGCGCUAUGGAUGGGCUAAAUACUGGUGUAAUUGUCUGUUCAGGGCACAAGCACUGUUGUAAUGUGUUGUACAACACCACCAUUAACACCGGCCUGAGGCUGAGGGGACAUUAAAUGGCCGGGGCUGUGUAGUUUAUGUCCUCUUCCCCACACUCUCUAUUUCCCUCUCUCUCACUUAAACACACACACACUCACACUCAUACCUGAAAGGGAAGUAAAUGAAAAGCCUUUUUUAACUCUUUUUAUUUUGAGUCUUUCUAUGCUCAGCAAUAUAUAAAAAAUUAGAGAAUUUUUGGUGUAAUCGAGUCAGUUUAUGUACAUGCAGUAUUUGCAGAAUUAAGAAAAGGUCAUAUUAAAGUUGUUUUGUCUGUAGAAGACUUUUCUAAUGUUAAAAUCAUUAAUAACUAGAAAAGCACUCGGAGAGUGCAGACCUCCGCCAAGCAGCUCAUGUCCCCCCCUUAUAUUGUGAUUCACACCAAAACUUUUACUGUUACGUUUCUUUUAUUAACUUUUAUUUGUGUUUAAACUGGUAUGUUCACUGUUCAUAAUGUUCCUAAAACAACAAAGCUCAUAUUAGAUAAAUAAAUGCAUGAUUUAUUAUGCAAUAUUUGUAAGCGUACACUUCCUUGUAUCUUCAUUGGUUGUCUUUCAGCAUUGAAAAUUCCAAUGCCCCCCUUUUUUUGUGUGUUCUGGAUCAUAGAAUCCGGAAUUUUGUCUGGAUCAGGAUCAACCUUUGACACCUCAUAAAACCCAUUGAGAUCCUUUUGUGUGAUUUUUUUACUAAAGACUCUGGACAUUUUUAUAGAGUUCAAUGCAAAAAUUCCAAAAUUUGCCCUAUCUCACAAUGAUAAAGAAUCCUUCAAAAAAUUCCUGGAUCCAGAAGGUGAUCCAGAUCACCACCAAAAUGUAAUGGGAUCCUCCUGGGGCUGAGACGCACCUCUGGUGAAAAUUUCAGGUCAAUCUGUCUGUAACUUUCUCCGUAAAGUUGCAAACAGACAAACAAACAAACAAACAAACCAACGCUACCAAAAACAUAACCUCCUUGGUGGAGGUAAUAAUCUCUUCUGGUUCAGUUGAUGAGAUCAGAGCGUCGCUGCUACAAACACUAGAAUUAUUUCUAUUUCUAAUUAGGUUAUUUCAGUCGCCUUAAUUUUGAUGAAUCAUCAAGCAGCCACUAGUAUUUUCACUUUUCAUUUUUCCUUUUACCUAAAACCUUUUAAAAUCCUAGCAUUAAUUAUGGUGGUAUAACUCUCUUGUAACUGUAAUAUUUUGUUUGCUAAUAAACUAGGUUGAUAGAAAUCCACAUUUUUUUUAACACAGAAUUAACAAGGCCUUCAUAGAAAAAAGGCAGAAUUUGUUAAAUGACAAAUAUCAAAUGUUAAACCUUUAAGAGAAAUAUCCCUCCCUGUUACAGUUUGCUUUACAUUCAGUGUGUUAUUCACUAAUGUACUUAAAAUACAAUCAAAGUCGAUCUGAUGAGCUCAUCAUUCUUAGAUAUUUCACUUCAUGGGUUCAUAUUUCUCAGCUCAUUUGAUGGUUGUUUAACAUCUCAACUUAAUUAGAUUUUUCUUUAAGAAGGCAUCAUGACUCUGUCUCAGUUUUUGUGCUACUCUGCUCCUGUCCACGUGCCUCUCCAUCCUCCAUCAGCCUAGCACUGGAGUGGUGAGUGAAGACUGAUCUCAGUCUUUGCAGUUAAGUGGCUCCAUCCUCUGUCUUUGCGCUCAUUACUAAAACCUAAAGCUAGAACGAUCCUGUUUUUUCAACUGUAUAAAUACAGUAUAUGUAACAAACCCAACUUUAAUUUGGGUUAGUAAGGUACUAAUAAGCAUCAACCAGGUACAGCUUUUUUACUUUUUUAUAUAAUAAUGUAAUUUCAUAAUGAACACAAGACUUUUACUUUUUUAAAGUAUUUUUUCAGAGUGGUAUUAAAGCGUAAAUUACUUGGAAUUGCAUAACGUGUCACAGACAUGACUAAUCAUACACCCUUUGGCCCUCAGCUUUUUAUUUAUGUUUCAUGCGGAUAUUAAACAUCAUUAUCACUGCUUAGACACAAGCUGACGUUUGCUGCUUAUUACCACUGAAUAAUAAUUUCUUAAAAUACUCAAAAUAGUUUUCUACUACAAGUGCACACAGUUUAAACAUCUGUAAUCGUCAUCAGUCAUGUCAAAAUUAUAAUUAUUAACCACAUGUAGAGUUUGGUUUAUUGUAAAGCCUGAAAUCAUUUCUGCAUUUGUCCAAUGAAAACAGAGGACUGCGGACACAGAACACGUGCGAAUAAAAUGCUUGAAUAAAAUGUAACAUAGAAAUCUUCACACCCUUGAUAAAAGAAACCCACAUUUCCCAACACAAAUGAGCUGCUGUGUUCUCAGUAUCUCUGCUCCAAACUAACUCUGUUAGUCACAGUUUCCUCACCUCAUCAUGCUCUUUCAGCCACUCUCCUUGUUUUUUCUGUUUUUGUGCAGCGGCUCAGCAGGGAUUGAUAAAUGAUGUUGCCUUGGCAGCUCUCUGAAACAGCUGAACGACUUGGAUAAACACAUAUGGCAGCUUUAGCACCCACGGGAGGCGUCCUUCUCUCCAUAGCAAUAUAUUUCACUCUUCCUGUGUCCUUUACUUUGGCAUUUUUCUUACCCUGUCGACUCGCAAUGAAUCUCAUGUUUAAAAUGUAGUGAUAGAAAAGUCCCGCAAAUAUUGAUCGGCCCGCCUCAGCUCAUUAUUGCAUAUCCAUAACUUUUCGACGGACGGCAUCAGAGAGCCAGGCGAUAGACUGACAGGCCAUUUUGUGAGUUGAUGGGGCACAGUAGCCGAAAUGGAGAUUUAGCAUAGGGACGAGGGCUGUGUCACGCCUCUCCGGCAGUCAUCUUCACCAGGGACAGAUUGGUUAACAAUACAGGAGCAAAGGUUCCUCUCUGCUUAAUUAGCCUUUGACCCCAAACACUGAUGCCUCCUGUCAGCUUGCGUUUGGCCCUCAGCUUGUCAGCUCCAUGAGAAACCAAUAAUGAGCAUUUAAGUGUCUGUGACCCCUGUAAUGGCUGCAUAAGAGACUGCAUCCCUUUCAGCAAUUGUCUCAACAGAUCCUCAGCUUUGAGACAAGAAUGAGAAAUACAUAGACGGUUUAAUUGCACACACACUGCAGGAAAAAAAAGUCUAUUUAGAUGUAAAGUAAUUCAGUGUCUUGAUUUGGGAAGCAAAUGAAAUGAACUGUACUCAUAACCAGAAAUAACCCUUCGCAGUUUGCCUUCUCAGAAACAGUGGCUUUUGUGAUGAGGUUGCUCACCUGUUUACUUAGCUCUUAGAGGGUGGGCAAAAUCGGAAGUAUUCCUAUUUUUUUUAUUUUAUUCUGUUUGACACAAAGUGCAUUUUACCUUUGACUUGUUCAAAUCAUGAACAGAAACUGUUUCUUCCUUCAAACCUUGUAGAAUUAGUAGUCUCUCAAAAAGGUCAGGUGUGAGCAGUGGUUUGAAACUGAGGGUGAAGGUGUGCAGUGUGAACAUCAGCUGAGAGCCCUGAGCCUCCACUCUUCACUGCUCAGUAUUUAAAGCCUGCCUGCCUGCCUGUCUGCUCUUUGACUGAGUUUUCUGGGUCAUUAAUUCCUGCUGCUGGCUGAUGAAGAGCCAGACAUCCAUGUCAUUUCUGGAGAGGGGAGUGUCCAUCUCUACAAGGGGUUGUCCUCAGCUGGACACCUAUAAGACCUUCUCAAACUGGCCUGGGACAAUUUUUUUAGACACAGCUCGUAUCAUUUUAAUGGGGGCCAUUUAAUCCCAGGCCAACCUUGUCAUGUGACAGGCAACUCUUCAUUCUUAAGAUUGAAUUUGUGUUCCCUUGAUGAUGGCCUCCACUAAGUGCUCUUGUCCUCAUGCAGCACCCACAAAUCCAGACAGCUGAUUGUUUUCUGGUAACUUCUAGGUUGGCUGUUGAAUAUUGCCACACUGAGCAAAUUGAAUCUGCAGAUCAAAACUGAGCCAUGGUUCAGAGCUUUGGAAAGGUCACCGUUUCCAUCUAGAAAGGUCUAUUGAAAAUGCUGAGAUACAUCACCCUGUUCAUUUUAGCUCAUAUCAUCGGCCUCUUUGUUCUUUUAAUAGGGUAGUGUAAAUAUUAAUUGUGCCGGGUCCUCCAGCUCACGAUGUAAUAUUCAUGUCUGUGCAUGAGACCACAGAAAGGUGUUUUAAAGUCACCAUGUUUAGUUCUCAAUAGGGGUGCAAAGGGGCGGAAAAUUUCUGGUAAAUUUCCAGAAACUUUCCAUGGGAAGUUAAGCCUGGGAAUUUUGAAAAUAUACCAAAUUGGAAACUUUCCAUGAGAAUUAUGGGAAUUAACUGGAAAUUGGGGGUAAUUUAAACAAACAGUAUACUAUCCAAACAUAAAUGUAAAUAUUUUUCCUUCAACAAUUAGCUUGUGUGAAAUCAGAUCGUGAACGUGGCAUUUUUCUGUAGAAUAAAAAUAACAGAAAGGUUGUAAAAACACUAAUGCAAUGGCAUGAACAGAAAUAUAGUUGGCUAAACAACUGCAAUGGUUUUCAAAAUAUUUGACAAUUGAUUUAUAAAUUAUUGUAUGGUUUCAGAAAACCGUCUUGCAGGAGUCAGAAAAAAUAGCAUCACAUUUGAGGUAGCUACUAGGGAUGUUCCCAGCGGUUAAUUUCACUGACGUUUAAACGACUAUUUUGAAAUAGCCCAAAUUGAGCACAUGUCAAUCGAUAUGGCCAGAUAUCAUCUGAAAUGAAUAUUAAGAGUACAUGAAAGCCAUGCUUAUAAUAUUAAAAAUAUGUUACAGAAUUGUAUUUCAGCGCUGGAGAAUGACAUAAAGUACAUGAAAGAUUGAAACAAUUAAGCUCCGAUCUGCUGCGCUCAAGCCAAGCAGCCACUUGUGUGCCAUUUUUAUCUAAAUCAAAAUACUCCCAAACUUUGCUCUUUUUUCUCACCGACAUUGCUCUGGCUGAUCACAUGUGUUGAUUCACUUUGAGGAUGUUAACCCACGAUGCCAUGCAUGUUGCAGGCCAGCGCUGCGAGCCCAGAGCAGCGAGCCAGGCAGAAAGAGUCGCAUGCAAAUGAUCCACACAUUUUAGCUCGUUUAAUGCGCACUUUUAUUAAGACAUGACAGUAAAAACGGAAUCUUUUUUUUAAUAGAAUAAACAAAUAUUAUUUAGUAAACGGAUAGUAAGGACAGGCCCGUUUACACAGAUAUCCGAAUAACCGCGCACAUCCCCAUACCACUAGCCUGGCUGUGUCAUCCUGCUGCGUGAAUCACUUGACGUUCCUUCCCACAACAGUCUGGACUUCGGCCCAUUGGAAGCCCUGAAAGUGAGUGGGAGUACUUUCCUUGAUAGAAAGACUACUGUAACCAAUCACCGUAACCAAGCAUCUGACAUCAUCACAGAUGCUUGGUUACGGUGAUUGGUCACAGUAGUACAUGGACCAAUCAGGGGCUGCCUUUCCCUGUUGUCCGGGUAACAGUGAAAACACGGUCUCUGAUUGGCCCGGUUAUUUUCUGAUCGGGAAUACACGCUCCCAAUGGGCCAAAGUCCAGACUGUUGUGGGAAGGAACGUCAAGUGAUUCACGCAACAGGAUGGCCCAGCCAGGCUACUAUACCACCCCCAUAAUAAGCUAGCCCCUAAAUGGUCAAUAAAAUGAAAAAUAACUCACAUUCAGCACCUUUUUUAUGUAAUUUUCCUCGCAAGUUAAAUAUUAACACUAUUUUAGAUCAAAUCUAUUUACCCCAUAAUAUUAUCAAAACUUACUUGACUUUAUAUAGUCUGUGGGCUCAAAUGUCUUGUGCUCUGGGCUCAAAAGUGUGGCCUCCAUAGUUCAAGAAAUCAUCUGUGCGUGUGAUGGAGGAAUGCACAGUGCAUGUAGGGGGUGUGGCCUCAAUAGCCCUGCAGUAAGCAGUGUGCUGUGUGCAUGUGAUUGAGGAGUGUACUUGCAUUAAAUCUGGUUGUUUUAGCCAAGAUUAUGCUACAAUAUAUUUUCCCCAACUAUAUUUAAGUUCCCUGUUGAGGGCCAAAUUUUGAUUUAGUAAAUUUCUGAUUUAUUCCUGUUGAUUCCCAUAUAUUCCCAUUAAUUACCAUGGAAAGUUUCCAACUUUGAAAAUCCCCAGAAUUUUGCAACCCUAGUUCUCAAUAUCUUGUGUCAAUAAGUUGCUCAGUAUUUCAGUUUCUCUCCUGCAUCCGUGUUUUUAUUUUUUUGAUUUCUUAUUUCAAACUUGUAAAGAAAGGACCACCUAAGUUUACCUGGUUGAUAAAUGUGCCAUAACAGUGACAAUGCAUCCAGGUGAGUGAGCCUAGCUCUUCUCUGAUGUGUCUGAAGUGUCAAAGCUGAACAGAGGGGGUACAUCCAGACUACAUCUUUGUCACAAAUCACUGCAUUACACUACUUAGUUUACCUGCUACUGUGGCUGCAUCUGCAUCAGCCAAAGUUAAUCUCGGUUGGGUGCAGACUAGAACCAAAAUGUGUGUGUACAAACACCAGUGUAUUCAAACUGGUGAUGAUCAUGUAGCAAAACCCGAGUCACAGCAGAUUUUAUUAGAUCUGCUUCACCGCCCACCCUCACACAUUCACACACACCACACCUACAGCUUUCCUCUCUUUGUACACACAACAGCAAUGUCCCGCCCUGCCUUCUGCUGCUUCUUGUUCAUUUAUGUAUCUGACCUUUUUACGAAUUUCAUUUAUCAACAAGGUUCAAGAAGACUCCGAAUUAACAAAGCUUGUUAUUUGAACACACACUUGAGCGGCAUUACAAAAAGGUACCAUUUAAAUAUUUGAUUCAUUACUUUUAAACAAAUUUCAACCAAAAUCCUAGUCUUAAUAAAGAGCAGGCUUUUUAAUGGCAUUAAAUUUUCCAGUGAUCCAAGACCGAGGGUCAUUAAAGUAUUCAUGUUUUUCUGCCCAAUGAUUAUCAUCUUUAAAUGGAUAUAUUAUCUGCAUUUGUACUGCUGAAGUUUCAGUGACUGAAGAAACUCAUUCACAUCCCUACCUCUUAAUGCAAAGCUGUGUGAGUGUGCACAUGUGUGUGUUUACUUAAGUGUUAUCAGCCCGUAUGACCCUUGUGUGCGGUGGAUGAGUGUGGAGUAUGAAACCCACAGAGAAAGCUUAUCUUACUGGAUCAGACUGAAUUACCAUCUCCUCUCACAUCUGGGCUUUUGUUCUCCUGCUUGGCAGCAGUAGAAAUGAUUGCACCUUCAUUCGCUCCCUCCCUCCUCUCCUUCAGCAGGACAAGUGGGAGGUUAAAAAAGCUUCCUUUUGUUAGUCCACACAAAGACUGUUUAAUAGUUUGAAAUCUUAUAUAGAGUGCUGAGUGACUGGGAAAAGGGCAAAAGUUCAUUCAGGAGAAUAAACUCUCUUUCAACAUUGCUAACAGGUAAAAUUUCUCCUGUUACAAACUGUUUUAGUCUGUACACGGCCUGAGCCUCAAAUAGAUGUAGACGGACAAAAGCGCCUCUGUUUCUAUGGUUCACACAGAGAGAUGCAGUAAGUGCAGUUAAUACAUAUACUGUGCUGUGUGCAGAAUUGUUCUUUCACACCUGAAACCUGAGAGAUCUCACUGAUACCUGGAAGGUUUUUUGGUUGCUGCGGACUUAAAAUUAAGAUCAGAAUUAUUUAAUGUUAGGGUUAGGGUUAAAAAUAUCAAAAUGAUUUCCUGAUACCUUGAAGUUCGGCACUAAGUAUGCAUUCAGAAUGAAAACUACAGAAUUUGUAAACGUGAAUGUUGAUAGUGAAAGUGUUUGGUUUGUGGUUUGCAGUUUUGACGGCGUGUGUUCCUGCAGUCAUUUGCUGUGCUCACUAAUAGUGACUUUAGCCUCUGGCAGUAUCAUUUUUCUAAACAAAACCAAUGCAUCUUUCUGAUCUUCAGCACCAAAAGUGCCCAAGGUGCUGAUGGCCCCUUUGUCACUUCCGUCUCAAUGACCAAUCAAAAUCAAGAAGCCAUUUUUCACAGCUGCGAAACCUAGGAACCUAUUUCUUUCCGUUGCUCUUAACUUUUUUUGUGUAGUUUUCUUAAAAUUGAAUUUAUCUUGUCAUCAAACAGACAGCAUUGAUUCUUCUCUAUGACCUAUAAAAACAAACCUGAUCAUGAGCCAAGAGAUUGACUGUCUUUAUUUGGUGUAAUGGCUGUGUGAGGGGGUAGAUGUCACAGCAUGGUAAGAAAAAACCCAUGUAAACUUUUUUCAUGAUAGGUGAUACAUUUGACUGUUAUGAGAAAGCCGGAUGAGAUUUGUUUUGUCUGAUAACAGGACAAAAUCAGCAAAGAUAGAAGGUUUGUCCUUGUCCACAGGGGGAGCCAAAAUUCCUUAAGUUCCUUAGAAGAGCUGUAGACAAAUGUCAAGUUUGGAGAUCAAUUUAGGACCAACUUAAUGGUUAGUUAUUUACUAGUGAAGGUCCUUACACACCGGGUCCGACACAAAUAUAGAACGCAAAAUUAUGAAAUAUUCAGAGGCGAAUUUUGACGCCCCUGACUAAACACAUCAAGCACGAUGCGAUUUUGCGACUUUACGGGGGGGGGGGGGGGGGACACAUCCCUGAGUCGGGGCCAGUACCAGUAAGGUUGUAGGCACUGCUAGCACAAAAAUGCAGCUAGUGGACACAGGCCCUAAAAAUCUGUGUGCUGUGCUAAAGGGUGGGAAAUCCAUCCAACAUAGUGCUAUCCUGCAUCCAUCGGCCAAUACCUCAUGACAGCUUUAACAUACACUCACCGGCCACUUUAUUAGGUACACCAUGAUAGUAACGGGUUGGACCCCCUUUUACCUUCAGAACUGCCUCAAUUCUUCGUGGCAUAGAUUCAACAAGGUGCUGGAAGCAUUCCUCAGAGAGCUUGGUCCAUAUUGACAUGAUGGCAUCACACAGUUGCCGCAGAUUUGUCGGCUGCACAUCCAUGAUGCGAAUCUCCCGUUCCACCACAUCCCAAAGAUGCUCUAUUGGAUUGAGAUCUGGUGACUGUGGAGGCCAUUUGAGUACAGUGAACUCAUUGUCAUGUUCAAGAAACCAGUCUGAGAUGAUUCCAGCUUUAUGACAUGGCGCAUUAUCCUGCUGAAAGUAGCCAUCAGAAGUUGGGUACAUUGUGGUCAUAAAGGGAUGGACAUGGUCAGCAACAAUACUCAGGUAGGCUGUGGCGCUGCAACGAUGCUCCAUUGGUACCAAGGGGCCCAAAGAGUGCCAAGAAAAUAUUCCCCACACCAUGACACCACCACCACCAGCCUGAACCAUUGAUACAAGGCAGGAUGGAUCCAUGCUUUCAUGUUGUUGACGCCAAAUUCUGACCCUACCAUCCGAAUGUCGCAUCAGAAAUCGAGACUCAUCAGACCAGGCAACGUUUUUCCAAUCUUCUAUUGUCCAAUUUCGAUGAGCUUGUGCAAAUUGUAGCCUCAGUUUCCUGUUCUUAGCCGAAAGAAGUGGCACCCGGUGUGGUCUUCUGCUGCUGUAGCCCAUCUGCCUCAAAGUUCGACGUACUGUGCGUUCAGAGAUGCUCUUCUGCCUACCUUGGUUGUAACGGGUGGUUAUUUGAGUCACUGUUGCCUUUCUAUCAGCUCGAACCAGUCUGGCCAUUCUCCUCUGACAUCUGGCAUCAACAAGGCAUUUCCGCCCACAGAACUGCCGCUCACUGGAUAUUUUUUCGGACCAUUCUCUGUAAACCCUAGAGAUGGUUGUGCGUGAAAAUCCCAGUAGAUCAGCAGUUUCUGAAAUACUCAGACCAGCCCUUCUGGCACCAACAACCAUGCCACGUUCAAAGUCACUCAAAUCACCUUUCUUCCCCAUACUGAUGCUCGGUUUGAAGUGCAGGAGAUUGUCUUGACCAUGUCUACAUGCCUAAAUGCACUAAGUUGCCACCAUGUGAUUGGCUGAUUAGAAAUUAAGUGUUAACGAGCAGUUGGACAGGUGUACCUAAUAAAGUGGCCGGUGAGUGUAUAUCUGCAAGUGCAGCUACUCUGCUCUUGUGCUGCAUUCUGGCAUUUAAAGUCAUACAACAAAGGUGGACAGAAUAGCCAUGAGAGAGAAAUGCCACUCCAGGGCCUAGAGUGGAUGGAAUAAGUUCAUAUUAAAGCUUCUUUGAGAAGUUUUUAGCUAGAUAUGAAAUAGACUAACAUUAAUACUGAUGCCUCUUCAUGACCUACAGAGCAUGCAAGGCUGUAAAUAAGGUUUAUGUUUUCUUUAUAGUUAGUUUUAAUUGCUGUCAAAGCCUCUACAGGGCAGGUGUCAGUUGAGAUUAACAGCAUCUUGACAAAACGGCUUUUUUUAUCACAUUUCUCAGCAGAGAAUUAUGAUGGAUGGGAAGAUAGGCUGUGAAAAGAAAAUGCAGGAAAUUUUUCAAACCUCAAUUCAUGUAUCUUAGCUAUGUCACUUUGUUGAUCUUCUUUAUUUCACAUGGCUCUAAAUGAAAUGUUUUUGUGCUUCUGACUUGACUAAAAGGUUAAUUUUAGUGUCUGAGAAGUGCUUUUUCAGUUUUGCCAGUAUAACUGAGACCAAAAACUAAAUUCAACAGAAUAUGUAGCUUACAAUAAAACAUAACUAGCUAAUUGUUUGUGUUUAAUUAGUUUCAUGAUGUCAUUAAGAGGUGCUCUGAUGCUAAUUGAGAACGAGGCUUUGUGGUGUUUCAGCAACAUUAAUCUGAAUUAAACAGGAGAGCAGAGGACAGACAGAAGCAGCAGAGAACAUGUGUAGAGCAGCGUGUCAUGAUUUAACAUCUCCAGUGAAACUAACACGUCCAGUUGCUCCCAGCCUUUAAUUACAUCAUAGAUUUCCUGCUGAUGAACAGGCAGAGAAUUAACAGCGAACAGGCUAAUUCACAGCCGCUCUCCCCCCACCCACACGUUGUUAUUGCUUUACAAGUAGACCACUGAGGGAUAAGACCGAAAGAGCACGGAGCACUUAGCUACACAAACAUUAGUAUUAACGAUUGAGCUGCCUGUUUGGAAUUGGUGACAUACUGCAGACGGGCAAAAAUUGGAGUCUGAAACCAAUCAGGAAGUUAAUGAGGAGAAAAAUUACUCCUCUACUCUUCCCUCCCACCACUGCUGAGGAGGAGAGGGAGGGGGGAGGGAAUAGUGGCCAAUCAAAAUGUCCUAGGAGUCUGAGAAAAGAACUGACAUCAGCUUUUGUUGACUCUUGAUAAAAGCAGCAAGUCUUAAAUUGCAUCUUGAUUACUGUAGAUCACUGAGAGCUUUGAAGGAACUGUUUCUGUCAUAUUGAAACACGGCUCGGGUCACAGCUUACCGUGCCAAUGGUGUAAUUAAAAGAAGAGAGAAAAAAGUGGCUCAAAAUAUCCUGUAAAAAUACUCAUAUAUUUGUUUUUUAUAAUCAUGGUGUUUACAGCUAAUGGUUGUUUAAAAAAGUUCAACAUCGAAUUCAUUCUGACACUAAAAAAAAUGUGAUAUCAUGUGUCACUACAGGUGGUGUUACUCCAUCAGGUAGCAACAGCUGCGAGCACCUUGGUUUUCAAAGCCAGAAUAGGUGCUCACAGCUGAAGUUUCUGCUGCUCUUUGACACCAAAGUUCCCACAGAGGCAAACCUGAGGCCUUUAGCAACAGGUUAAUUUAAAGCUAGGGGUGUCCUGAUACCAGGGCACGACCAAUUUAUCGACGAGCCGAUUAAAUCAGCCAAUUUUAGCCCGUUUGAGACUAACCGGUAAUCGGCCAAAACUCGCUGAUUUUCGCCAAUAUUUUCAGAAAUAAAAUGCGGAGGAUAAGAUUCGGUUUCACUUCAAAAAUCUUUCUCCAUUUGAAAAGUUCCCCGACUUAACCUGUAGAUGACGCAGCAACCUCGUGACAGUCUUCAUCCACUAACUACCUCAAAGCACAGCAGAGUGACGGAUCUGAAGCAGGCAGCUCAGGGACACACAGAGGAGAGUGGCCCGCCUCAUCGGUAAAUAAAGCAGUUUGUGAAAUACAGAAUAAGUCAACAAGUUUCAGUUCAACCCACUUCACGAUGUUCCCUGCUGUGCUGGUCUCAGUCACGCUGAGUUAACGGUGAAGCACCAUGUAAUCUGCAAGUUAGAGUUAGCCACCAGCUAUUAGCCUUGCUUCACUGUUAGCUGUGCCAGUAAUGGUAGAAUAAACAACAGAACACAUUUCUGGUCCAAGUUUGAUCAGUCAGUCUUCCUUUUGGCAUGAAGAGCAUUAGCCUACAGUAUAUAUAUAUAUAUAUAUAUAUGUAUUAAAAAUCGGCAGAUUAAUCGUUAAUCGAUUAAUCUAUAUCGGUCAGACCCUAAACGAUACACAUUUUUUACUCCCAAUACGAUACCGAUAUUGUAGCCUUCAGUUUUGGCCAAUACUGAUAUUGAUCUGAUAUUGGCACAAAAUUGUGCAUGACAAGUUUUGCACUCAGCUGCAACACUUCUGCCACAUGGCCGACAUCACUCCAACUCCUUGCUACUUUGUUAGUACCUUAGUGCACACUGUUGUUGUGAUCACGUGGGCUCUGCAUGCUGGAUCCAGGCACUGCUGGAUAAAGGUACCAAAGUGGAGUCUGGAAUAGACUGCUUGUAUUGGAGUGCUGGUAUCAGAGAUUUUAGAUGCAAGCUGAUUUAACCCGAUAUUUGAUUUUUUUGCUGAUGUCGGACUGAUAUCUGAUAUCAAUAUCAUAUCGGGACACCCCUAAUUGAAGCAUGUUAAGUUGUUGCUUUUAAUCGUUAAGCCCCGAUACUUACUUCAAACAUUUUUUUCCACUCUAAAUUUUCACUCCUAAAAUAAUUCAUAAUACGAAGGUCAAAAAUAUUAUCCAUGUUGUAUUAUCCAUAUUGCUGAAUGUUAUUAAAAACAAAGUACUUUGCCAGGCAGAGAUUAGAUGUGUUGGACUCCUUCCCUCAGACUGAUUGAAGUUGAUGUGUGGGAAACACUGUACUCAGUGUGGUUUUAAAAACAAUGGUGUGAAGAAAUAACAGACUGUUGCUAUGAACCAACCAUAAGACUGAUUUAUCACCAAGCUUCAAUCCACAUUGACUUAAAGUUGAAGUUAUGAAAUCUGUGUUGAACUGUGUUGUUGACUGUCAUGGCUUCAAUGUUGUGUUCAGUUUUUCUCAAGUGUGUUAAGAGUCCACAGUGAUUAUAACUAGAGUAAUUUUUGAAUGCUUGUUCAUAGCCGAAUGUCUGCUGGCCUCCCAGUUUUAUUUCUGUUAUUACUGUAUGAGCAGCGCAGUAUCUGUAGACAAGUGUUAAAAUGGGUGGGUGCACAAAGCUCUGAUGUUAACUGUAAAAGAUCUGAUGGUUUUUGUUUAGUGUGCGCUGUCUUCCCAUUUUGCUGACUGCUUCAAUUUGCCAUAAAUCCUGAGCUUUGGUAAGAAUGCUUUUAGUGUACAGUUAAAUUUAUAUCAGGCCAAUAGCAGAGAGGACCAUUUGUUCUGCAGUGCCGAUGAUACCACUCUGCUCUUUUCUCUGUCUCACUACAGUAUUUUCUAUUCACCAUUUUUAUUUACCCGCCUCACAAUACAAAGACAUUUUUUAUUUUAUGGGAGCUGCUGUUCUGUCUACCUACACCGGCCAAUAGAAAUUUAUCAUAUUAAUGCCUUUGUGGAGUAUCCAAGGAGAAGAUUUGCAGCUCAAUAUCUGAAAGAGAGGAGAAAUAUUUGAAGUCUAUUUCUUUUCAAAAUAAAUGAACAUAGUUUAUCAAAGUGCGACAAAAAAAAUCAGUAUUUUUUUCUGUAUGCCUUGGUAAAAGUUAUCCGAGGUGAAGCAAAAUACAUUUCAGGAUAGCCCGGGUGGUGGAUGUGUUGUAGGAGAUGUUGAGAUAUUACAAGGGACGGGAUAUAACAACAAAAAGUUGACAAAUGCAUGACGCAUCUGCAAGUUGUAAAAAUACAGCAACAUUUGAGGGAUUUAAAAUGACAGCAACUUUUCUGAAGCUUUUCCCCACAGUUUUGGAAAUUUUACACUACAAAUUCAAAUUCAACCAGAAUCAAAAUUGGCUUAAACUUCUUACCAUAAAAACAAAACAAAACAAAAACGUGCAGUCGUAUUUGUAGGUUGGCUUUGUCAUGUAGUGGGCUGUCUUAAACCUCUUCUCAUAACCUUUCUUCAGCAUAUAACAUUGUGUUUUAGAUUUUGUUAAACUGAGAAUACAAAAUACACCUUUAACCAAUGAAAAAGGAGCUUUGUGUGGCAUGAUCUAAUCUCAUAAAUGUUUCUUGUCUUUGUAGCCUACUCACCUGGAGGUGUCUCUACCACUCAAGACUCCACCCUGGCCUACAGGUCUAUCAGCUGCCUGGUCAGCUCCGUCAACACCGAGUGCGAGGCCAGCAGCGAGACCCCAAACUUCACUGUUGACUCCAUCAUGAACGGAGAUGCUACCAAAUAA